GCGUUCUUAGCUACCAACAGGCAGAGUUAGCCAGUUGAUCAUAGUAUCGGCAUCCAGGUAAGUCCCGUGAGAAGGAAUGUCGGCGCAUCAGGAAAAGAGAAAAGGGGGCAGAGAUUCCCUGCGAGCGGAAUCCAAAGCGAAUCGGCAUCAGCUAAAUCCUGUUUGUCGUGAUGCUGCGAUGGAGAUAUUCUCGGACAUAAGAAUAUUUAUUUAGCUCAUGCACCUCCUUUCCGCAGUGAAGUUCUACCUCACCCACUAUGUAUAGAGUACAAUGUCCAGCAGUAACAGUCCUUCAGUCCUUCGUGCAAUGCAAGUACCCAAUUCCCCGCUGGUUUUGGCAUCAACCGGCCCCCCACUGCCCAGACGCGUUAUUUUUGGUCCCAACCCCGCAAUUCAAAAACGUUCUGGAGAUCGCAACAGAACAUACCUCUAUCACACCAUCUCAGUUCUGUGUACACAUCCAUGAAUACUUUUCUCCGCAACUCGGCCAAUCCGUCCAAUAGAGCAAUCAAAACCAUACUGCGGAAUAUUCCGUUAGCCCUGCUAAAAUGUUGACAUACCCAGCCAGCUGCUUAGCCAGUACCUGAUAGAAUGGUGGGAAACCUGGAAAUAAUUAUGUAAGGAUAAUAUAUAAUUUGACGAAAAGCAUUUAAUAGCCCUCGAGGACCCCAUCAUCAUUCUGAAUUUAUGAGUUCCUUACUGGCUCGCAAGGUUGUCAAUCUAGAACUACCGCGCCGCCUCUGUUAGAAUACGUCGUUGACAUUGUUGAUAUAGCAAACCCGAUUUCAAUUCGGGCCCUUCGCUCACUUCUGGAAACAAUUAUUAUAAGAAUGGCGCCUGUCUCUUACGAAAACCCAACUGUUACCGCUCAGCAGCUCAAAAGCGCCCCCAUAUCGCUAGACUUGUUCCCGGACGGACUCAAGACCACCGGGCAGCAUCCCCCAAUCUAUGAACAGCUCAAGCCAUUCUCCGAGUUCCCUAAGGAGAUCACAGGCCGGACCGUCUGGAAGGCCGAAGAUUAUAAGGAUAAUCCGGAGAAAUGGACUCAUCGAUUCACCGAGGCAGAGAUUGACGAGUUGAGCCAAACGUCCGAUGCGUUCAUCGCGGCCAAAAUCCCCUUGACGGGUAUCUCCAAGAGCAACUUCCCGCUCCCCAAACUAUCCUCAUUUCUCGCAGAGCUGAGAGAAGACCUCAUCAACGGGAAGGGAUUCAUUCUGUUCAAAGGACUCCCCGUCAAUGAAUGGGGGAACCACAAGGCUGCCGUAGUGUAUAUGGGUCUGGGCACGUACCUAGGAUACUUUGUCAGCCAGAACGGCCGUGGCCAUGUCCUUGGACAUGUCAAGGACCUAGGAGAGGACUCUAAGCAGAUCGAUAAAGUGCGCAUAUACAGAACAAACGCCAGACAGUUUUUCCACACAGAUGACGGUGACAUCGUUGGACUUCUUUGCGUUGCAAAGGCGCUCGAGGGUGGAGAAUCAGAUCUCAUUUCCACACAUCACGUAUACAAUGUACUCGCCAAAGAACGACCAGAUGUCCUCGAAACACUCACCCAACCAAUCUGGUACGUCGAUCGCAAGGGCGAAACCAGCGUCGGGCAGGAGGAAUAUAUAAGAACCUCUAUUUUCUACGUCGAACCGAAGGAGAACGGACGGGUGUUUGCGAAAUGGGAUCCAUACUUUGUCCGCUCUCUCACCCGCUUUUCUGAUAAGGGUAUCAUCCCUCCACUGUCGCCUGCACAGCUUGAGGCUAUGAAGGUGCUUGAGGAGACCUGCCUCAGGCUCGCGCUCCACAUGGUUCUUGAUGUCGGAGACAUCCAAUUCCUUGCUAACACACACGUCUUCCAUGCCCGCACGGAAUACAAGGAUUACCCACCUCCCGCCCCUCGUAGACACCUUAUGCGCCUCUGGCUGGCCACGCCAGAAAGCGAGGGGGGCUGGACUCUCCCGUUCUGGGAUACUAAUGAGAAGAAGCGAGGAGGCAUUCAGGUGAAUGACCAACCUCCCGUGGCUCCGCUAGAUGCAGAGUAGUUUCAACGUAACAAGGGUGGCGUCCUUGGGACGAAGUUUUGAAGGGAAUUCGUUCGGAACAGUUUGACAUACAUCAAUAACUUGUAAAGCCGUGUGAUUAGUUCGUUAGUGAUUGGCUUCGUGUUAAUUGAAUUAUACCUGUGUUAGCUAGCUAGUGGAUGGGCCAAGUUUGUGUUUGCAUUUCGUUCACUGUCUCUUUUCUACACAUAAUAUGUGAUACAUACAUGUAUAUAAUGACGCCAUUAGCUCAGCCUAGGGCUAUCAUUCAAUAUAAAUGCCACGAAAUUAUGCCUUGAGGGCAAUUCAUUUUUAAUGCACGCCCUGGUCCCUUCUCUUCAACAGCUCUUUGGUUCAAAGUCAAGGCUUGUCAGGUAGAAGCUGCAGAAGAAUAAUUUCUUCAUUGUGGGACGCCUAAAAACAAAAAUCGUUGAUAAUUCUAAAAUAAUCGUUAAAAAUGGGAGUUUUGGUCAAGGUGAUGAUGCCAUAUGAAUAAGAGCUGAAGAAACCAAUUGCUGGCUGAGGCUAGGGGAAUGCAUGGAUCGUCUGUUGUAUUCCCUAUUCCGACUUAGCUCUCGGUGCUUUAAGUUAACUGAUGCCGAGUGCUGGCCGCCAGACUCGGGCCGUGCAUUGAGGGGCAGAACAGGGAAGGGUUGCGAAAAUCUACGAAACAUAUCCUUCACUCACAAA